UGAACAAACCAAGCUGCAAUCUCGGCCAAUCUCUCCUACGAGAAGCAUCAACGUGACGAUGUGGUGUAAUAUGAAUAUUAUACACUUUUUAUUCAAUAUUAUUUCUUGAAACGUUUGUUAAGUGUGAUUAAUUCCGUACUUAUCCAGUUCAAUUUAUCCGAUCCAUCAACAUCCAAGUGUGAUUCUAGGUUGUGUACUUUGUGGUGUACGUUGUUUGAUAAUAUAAGUGAAAAUGCCAGUGAUACUACUUGAAAGACUACCCUUACCUAGUCUUAGGGUUUAUACUGCAAUUAGUGCUGUUUUAUUAUCAUGUUCAGUUUACUAUGCAGCUCACUCUACACGUGACCCCAAUUGGAAAGUAAAUUCAACAUCCCAGGGUUCGGUUGGAGAAACUUUAGAUGCCACACAAAUUGAUUCAAAUUUUUUCAUUGAAGAACUGAAACAGAAAUCCACAGUUUUCUCCUGUCUCAGCGAUGUUGUUUCAUUUAUGGUGCAGGAGCCAAUCUGUAUUUGGACGCUGAUCAACACAGCCUACUGCACUCUGCUGCUUCUGGGCAAGUUCAUCCAGCGACUGGUGUUCGGCGAGCUGCGGGUGUCGGAGCAGCAGCACCUCAAGGACCGCUUCUGGAACUUUGUCUUCUACAAGUUCAUCUUUGUGUUCGGCAUCAUCAACGUGCAGUACAUGGACGAGGUGAUCAUGUGGUGUGCAUGGUUCUCUGUGCUCGGCUCGCUGCAUCUGCUCGCACAGAUCUGCAAGGACCGAUUCGAAUAUUUAUCUUUCUCGCCAACGACUCCGGGUUGGAGUCACGCGCGACUUGUGGCACUUCUGGCCACCAUCUUGGUUCUGUCCGGUCUCAUGUUCCUUGUCUGUGUGGCUGUCGGCUUCUUCGGCGGUCUCAAUACGUUCGCUUUCAUGGCGGCUGAGUGCAUCCUUCUCAAAGUUCGCGUGCUGCACACCCUGCUGCGCUACGCGCUGCACCUGUACGACGUGCGCGGAGGCGGCGCGCGUGUUUGGGAGAAGCGCGGCCCGGUGGCCUACUACACGCAGCUGGCGUUCGAGCUGAGCGCGCUGUUCGUCGAGCUGGCGCACCACGUGCACAUGCUGCUCUGGAGCAACAUAUUCAUAUCGAUGGCCUCGCUUGUCAUCUGCAUGCACCUGCGCUAUCUCAUGCACGAGAUACAGCGGCGCAUCAAGAAGCACCGCAACUACUUGUGGGUCCUCUAUCACAUGGAACAGAGCUAUCCAAUGGCUUCGAGUAAGGAACUGGCUGAGAACUCAGACAACUGUGCUAUCUGCUGGGAAAAGAUGGAAUCCGCGCGGAAACUGCCUUGCACUCAUCUCUUCCAUAACUCGUGUCUGCAGUCAUGGCUGGAGCAAGACACAUCAUGUCCCACGUGUCGCCUGGCUCUGAGCAUCCACAGCUUCAGCUCACAGCGCAACAUUGAACUCAACGAGCCGGCCAAUCUGGCGCCCAACAGGCCCAGGCCAAACCAUUUCUUCCAUUUCGAUGGUUCAAGGUAUGUUUCGUGGCUUCCAAGUUUCUCAGUUGAAGUUACCCAUGCACAACUGUUGAGGAACGACCAUCCUUCUCCAACCCACACUUCGCAAUUGGAUUCAAUGGCUAGACAAGUGCACCAACUGUUCCCGCACAUUCCGAUGAGUGCAAUAAUCGAGGACCUGCACGUGACACGGAGCAUCGAGUUGACGGUGGAGAAUGUGUUGGAUGGCCGCCUCAUCGUGCCGCUGCAGCCCCCCGAGGAGCCCCCUGCACCCCCUGUACCCCACAUCGUGGCGCCCCAAACGCCAGCUGUGACAUGGCAAGCAAGUUCGGAGGCGGUGGAGGCUGAAGACGAGCCGUUGAACCUUGGAGGCCGAUUCUCCAAGUGUUCAAGCGAGCGAGAGCGCAUCCUGCACCUGCGCAAAGAGAAGCUGUUGCACGCGGCUAGGAGAAAGUACCUGGAGAGGCAUGCUACUGCGCAUGCGCACUCUAGCUGAACUGCACUCGUCACUUCUCCGCCACCUCCCACCUGUUACUAGCUUAUUUAUUGUUAUGUUCUAAUUAAUCACGUUCGAAUUUGAACGGAAUACCUGUAUUAUUCAAUUCAUUGAUAUCAGAUUUCUGAUGACUAGUUUUCCUUGUACAUAGUAAGUUAUUUCCAAGUCGAUUAGGCUAUAUCUAUUAUAAAUGUAUAAAUUAGUUACUUUCUGUGUAAUUUUUAAUUUUGCUUUAAUGACAUGACAUAAGUUUAAUACAUGACAGUGAAAUGAUAGUGCCACUAUUAUUCACAGAUUGUUUGAAUUGUGUCCAUUGCCCAUACCUUAUGUGUGUUUAUUUUUUGUGUUUUGUAAAUGUCCAGUGAUAGUUGAUUAUUGUGUGGAAAUUGUUAUUGGCUGUUUAUUAUGAUGCUAGUGAUUAAAUUAUCUAAUGUGUAAUAAUUAAUACCUUAACUUCUAAAAGUCUGCUUUCGAAUGUUACUUAUCCACCUCAUAUUAGUGUAAUUUUGUUCCUGACAAAAUGUUUUGUCUUGAAAGAUAACCAUGUAUUGUAUAUUUUUUUAUUGUACAGUGACUUAAGGCUAAUAUGAAUUUUAUCAUUUUUAGUUUAUAGAAAAUAUCGUUCGAGUUUUAAAAGUUAGUAGUGUUUCACUAGCUGAGAAAAGUAUGAUGUAUGAAUCAAACAUGUGUUUUUCAUUUUAACGCUUAAUGUGAGAGUGUAACGUUUUUAAUAAUAAAUUGAUCCCUUUUUUGUUUUGUUGAAUAAAAUGUUUGCAGUCAUCAA